CUAUGCGACGGCGUCAUCCGCAGCGAGGUGCCCAUCCAACUUUUUAGGCUGUCGGUGUUUACGAUCAGAAAAUGGUCAAAUCGGGCAAGUUGCGGUCUGGAACUGGGUCCAAACUAAAACGAUGGAAAAAGGGACACAGCAGCGACUCCAACCCGCAGAGCAGCCGGCACCGUCAGGCCGCGAAGAGCCGCUUCUUCAGUCGCCCCUCCGGUAAAAGUGACCUCACUGUUGACGCCCUCAAACUCCACAAUGAGCUGCAGUCCAGUCAGCCAGACCUCAAAUCUUCAAGCUGUAAAGAUGCUUUCAUGGAGGAGGAGCAGGAUCAGGCCUUCUCAGAUCGGACCUCUGGUACUUUCCUCAGUGGCCUGUCUGACUGCUCGAACCUCACAUUCAGAAAAGUGCAGCGUUUCUGGGAGUCCAAUUCAGCUGCUCACAAGGAGAUUUGUGCAGUGCUGGCGGCUGUCACUGAGGUGAUCCGCGGUCAGGGGGGGAAGGAGACGGAAACAGAGUACUUUGCUGCCUUGAUGACCACGUUGGAGGUGGUUGACACUGCCGAGUCUCAGGCUGCGGUGGCGUACCUUCUCAACCUGACCAUGAAGAGGGUCCCCACCCCGGUUCUCAUGACCAAAUUCUCAGACACCACCAAGGCUCUGAUGGACGUCAUGUCCAAACAGUCGUCGUCUGAAACCGGCUCAGCUCUCAGAUGGAUCCUGUCAUGUCUGGCCACUCUGUUGAGGAAGCAGGACAUGUCAGUCUGGACUUACCCCACCACUCUUCAGGCUUACCACGGCCUGCUCAGCUUCACCGUCCACAGCAAGCCCAAGGUGCGUAAAGCCGCUCAGCAAGGCGUUUGCUCCAUCCUCAGAGGAAGUGACUUCCUGUUCAGCGACAAUGCUCCACCCCACCACCCGGCUGCCACGACAACAGCCAAGUUUUGCGUCAAAGAAAUGGAGCGGGCUGGAGGCUCUAAGGAGGACACAACCACGCUCCACAUUCUGGGCCUGAUGAAGGAGAUCAUGAACACCUUCCCUGUGGCGGCAGUCAAGUCCUGCUGCGAGACGCUUCUGCGAGUCAUGACGCUCAGCCAUGUGCUGGUGACGGCGAGCGCCAUGCAGGCCUUUCACAAGCUGUUCAGUGGAAAACCCAACGCUGCCACGCUCUCGCCGGAACUCAACGCUCAAAUCAUCACAGCUCUGUAUGACUACCUGCCCAGUGAGAACGACCUGCAGCCGCUGCUGGCCUGGCUGGCGGUCAUGGAGAAAGCCCACGUCCACUUGGCCAGUUUGCAGAGUUCCCUCAGUUUGGGUCACCUGCCGCGCCUCUUCUCUGCUGCCAUGUCCUGCCUCCUGUCGCCGCACACUCAAGUGAUCUCUGCUGCUGCCAGCAUGCUGAAGUCUCUUCUGACUGAAUGUGUGGCUCCUCGCAUGCUGGAAAUUGGGACGGUGACAUCCAGCGCCUCAGCAGGGAACCCCUCAUACGUCUGCAAGCUGUUCAGGAUCGUAGAGGAAGGCCUGUCCUACCGCUUCCACGCCGCCUGGCCCUUCCUCCUCCAAGUUCUUGGCUGCUUCUACAGAGCGGCAGGGAAGCAGGCUCAUUCCGUCAUGGCCAAGUCUCUGCUUUCGCUGGCAGAUCUGCGCAACUCGCCUCACUUUGCCUUCAGCGGCGAGCUGGAUUUGGCUGUAGGGGGCGCUGUGGAGAGCAUGGGGCCGGAGGUGGUGUUGAAGGCCGUGCCUCUGCAGAUCACCGGUUAUGACGAUGACCUGGAGUUCCCUCGCAGCUGGCUGGUUCCUGUCAUUCGAGACCACGUGAAGAACACUCACCUGGCCUUCUACAUCUCGUACUUCCUCCCUCUGGCCUCCACUCUUCACCAGAGAGCUCUAGAACUGGAGCAGGCCGGACAAAAGCUGGAAGCCAAAGUCUAUCAGACGUUACAGCUUCAGAUCUGGACCAUGCUGCCUGGUUUUUGCACCGCUCCAGUGGACCUGUGCGUGUCCUUCAAAGGCUUGGCCCGCACCCUGGGCAUGGCCAUCAAUGAAAGGCCUGACUUGCGCCUGACCGUCUGCCAGUCUCUGCGCACCGUGGUCAAGAACUGCAGCACUGAGGAGGAGAAGGCGGAAGUGGGACGCUUCUCCAAGAACUUCCUGCCCAUCCUCUUCAAUGUGUACAGCCAGCAGCCUGCGGCCGGGGAGUCAGUCUUCCAGCGGAUGGCGGUGCUGGACACCAUCAAGGUUUAUCUCACGGUCACGGACAUGCAGUUGGUUUCUACUUUCCUGCAAAAAGCCACGGACAAACUGAGCAGCUCGGACAACACCGCCUUCACCCGGCUGGCAAUGAUGGACCUCGUGGUUGCCAUGGCGCCCUUCUUGGACGAAGCCACACUCACCAAAACCUUUGAGCUGAUCGGACCGUACCUUGAGGUGAAGGAGCCGGGGAUGCAGAAGAAGGCGUACAGGGUCCUGGAGGAGAUGUGUGGAGGAGAGCGGGCAGAGUGUCGCUCCUUCGUCGUGAACAAUCUAGAAACUCUCAAAGUGGUUUUGUUGGAGACGCUGACCAACGCUUCUGCGCCAGCCAAGAGGCCGAGACUCAAGUGUCUGAUCAACAUUGUGAAGAGUCUGGGUGAAGAGCACAAGGAGUUCCUCGCUGCUCUGCUGCCAGAGGUGAUCAUUUGUACCAAAGAGGUUUCCGUGGGAGCCAGGAAGAACGCCUACAGUCUCCUGGUGGAGAUCGGGAAUGCUUACGUCCGAUUCUGUGGCAAUAGAAAAGAUGCGAUGCAGCAGUAUCUGGUUCUGGUCUUCAGUGGCUUCGCUGGCUCGGUCACCAUGAUCACCUGCACCGUGUUGGCCCUGACCCGCCUGGUGUUCGAAUAUAAAGAGUCCAUCGAAGCCACCGUCCUGGAGCAGCUUCUGCACAACAUCUGUCUGCUGCUGGGCUCACGGACUCGGGAAAUAGUGAAGGCUGCGCUGAGCUUCAUCAAGGUCAUCCUCUUCAUCAUGGACCCCAAAACCUUGGGCUCACAUGUCACGGUCAUGAUGGAGGGCAUUGGGAACAUCAAGGACGACAUGAGGAGACACUUCAGGACAAAGCUGAAGAACAUUUUCACCAAGUUCAUCAGAAAAUUCGGCUUCGAGCUGGUGAAGAGCAUGCUGCCGGCUGAACACCACAAGGUUCUGGCCAACAUCCGGAAAGCUGAGGCCCGAACAAAGAGGCGCAAAGAAGCCGCAGAGCAGCAGGAUGACUCUGAGAGUGAGGAAGAAGUGGUGAAGAACAAGGCAGAAAGCAUCGAAGACAUUCUGGCGGAGUCAGACAGUGACUUGUCGGAGGACGAAGGGAAGAAGGGGGUCAACCAGAAGAAGCCAGGGAAACGGCAGAAGGGUCAGGCUUGGCUCAAAGAAGGAGUGGAGGACGACCCGCUCAACUUUUUAGAUCCCAAGGUUUCCCAGAGGGUGUUGGCCACCAACCCUGAGCACAAGAAGAAAGCAAAGGUGGAUCACGGCUUCAAGGUGACGUCAGACGGCCGGCUCAUCAUCAAGGACGAGGAAGAAGCUGAGAAGGACAAAGAUGGAGACAUGAAGGACAUCCUGGAGGAGGCGGGAGUGAAGAGCAAGAAAACCCAAAAGAGGAAAUUCCAGGGCGACACCUUCGACGAUGACGACGACAUGGACGUCGAGCCAGAGUUGAAAUAUAAAGCUGGAGGCUCAGGAAUCCACAGAUCCGUAACAGGUCGGCAGGAACUGGGCACAGAGUAUAAGUCAAAGAAAGGAAAAGGGGACGUGAAGAAGAAGGGCAAACUGGACCCGUACGCCUACAUCCCUCUGAAGAAGGCUCAGCUCAAUCGCAGGAAACGGGCCAAAUUACAGGGUCAGUUCAAGGGCAUGGUGAGAGGAGCCCAGAAGGGGGCGCGCACGGGAAAGAAAAUGCAGAAGAGGAGAGGAAAAUCCUGAAGAGACGUUCUGAUCUCACAAUGAUGGACUGUAAAUGUUGUUGUGUUUAGCUGUUUUCAGAGCUGCGGGAUGAUGAUUGACACCUCACACGUCAUGGAUCGACACAAGUAUAUUUAUGUUGAGGCUUCUGUUGUGUCACAAGGUUGUAGUCCAGUGUCGUGAUAAGACAAAACCAUUAAAUUUUAAGACAAAACAAGCUCUGCGUUCGUUCAUCAGCUGCGGCUUCAGAAAGCUUCUGUUUGAGUUCAGGAUUCAGUGAUUCAUUCCUGCCAGAGGGUGAGUCAGAGUGAGUCACAGACCGA